CAGGAAUUAUCAAGUUAUUGCAGUGUGCCAUGUGUUAGAAUAUGCAUGAAUUGAGAUCACAAAUUGUACUUAUAAAGUCACUAAUCCAACAAUUUCAAAACCCAUUCCAUAUUUUGCAUUUUGAUCUACAAUACACUAAACACAAUAAACAAAACUAAGCAACAAAAACCAAAUUAACAUGGCAUACCAAGGAAGCGACAACCUUCAUAGCAGUAUCCAAGUCCCCGGUCAAGCUCAGAUGAGAAGGGAAGAGUUGUUGAACCAACCAUCCGACAUUCAUAACCCAAGCCAAGGCCAAGCAACCAACUUGCUUCAAGAGACUGGAACACAAGUGAAGAACAUGGCUCAAGGAGCAGCAGGAAGUGCGGUGAAUAUGGCUCGAGGAGUUGCAACGGGUGCAGCACAUAUGGCACAAGGCGCAGCAGAUGCGGUCAAAAAUACUCUCGGAAUGAAUCCUCCACACAACACUAGUGGCAACUAUUUCAACCAGCCAGGCAUUAUCAAUUUCGAUGAUGACUUCCCAAACAGUACCACUACCAUCCCAGGCGAUACAAAUAAUCCAAUCAACCCCCACAAUCCUAAUACCGGCAUUUAAAUUGUGCUUCCAGAAUUCAUGCCAUACUUAUGAUUAUUGCGCUACAUAUUUUUUCUUA